AUGAUGAUGAUGAUCAUGACGAUGAUUGCCUGUCCGGAAGCAGUGGUCAUUACUGCCAAUGAGUUGGCAUAUGAUGAUGGUGCGCUCUGUACAAACUUCUGCCACGUGGGUCGUGUGCACUUGACUUCACCUGGAUCUUUGGAUAGCUGUGCUUUGAAGCUGUUCAUCAGGACCUGCAAAAAGAGCAAUGUCUCCAGAUCUUUCCCUGUACCCAGGAGAAGUCUGCAGGGCAGAGCUGAGCACACAGCAGAGGGUCCUCAUGCCCAGAGGGAACAAGUGCCCAACAGCAGCUCUGUGAGCGAGUUCCUCCUGCUGGCAUUUGCAGACAUGCGGGAGCUGCAGCUCCUGCACUUCGGGCUCUUCCUGGGCAUCUACCUGGCUGCCCUCCUGGGCAACGGCCUCAUCCUCACUGCGAUAGCCUGCGACCACCGCCUCCACACCCCCAUGUACUUCUUCCUCCUCAACCUCGCCCUCCUCGACCUGGGCUGCAUCUCCACCACCCUCCCCAAAGCCAUGGCCAAUGCCCUCUGGGACACCAGGGCAAUCUCCUAUGAAGGCUGUGCUUCACAGGUCUUCUUUUUUGUCUUCUUCAUUGGAGCAGAAUACUCUUUUCUCACCAUCAUGGCCUACGACCGCUACGUUGCCAUCUGCAAGCCCCUGCACUACAGGAGCCUCCUGGACAGCAGAGCUUGUGCCAAGAUGGCAGCAGCUGCCUGGGGCAGUGGCUUUCUCGAUGCUGUCCUGCACACGGCCAUUACUUUUUCCCUGCCCCUCUGCCAAGGCAAUGCUGUGGACCAGUUCUUCUGUGAAAUCCCCCAGAUCCUCAAGCUCUCCUGCUCAGAUGCCUACCCCAGGGAAGUUGGGGCACUUGUAUUUAGUGUUUCUUUAGCCUUUGGUUAUUUUGUCUUCAUUGUGCUGUCCUAUGUGCAGAUCUUCAGGGCUGUGCUGAGGAUGCCCUCUGAGCAGGGACAGCACAAAGACUUUUCCACGUGCCUCCCUCACCUGGCCGUGGUCUCCCUGUUUGUCAGCACUGUCACGGUUGCCUACCUGAAGCCCCCCUCCUUAUCCUUUCCAUCCCUGGACCUGGUGGUGUCAGUUCUGUACUCAGUGGUGCCUCCAGCAGUGAACCCUCUCAUCUACAGCAUGAGAAACCAGGAGCUCAAAGAUAUCCUGAAGAAGAUGAUUCAAUCAGUAGUCUUUUGGCUGAAAUAA